AUGUUUCUCGUUCUUGCCGCACCACUCAGAGCAUGCCAGUGCUUCGCCUCCUCCGCGCGUGUCACCCCCCGGUUGGCUGGCCUCAGGCUCCCGGGUGCUGAGAACCCACCCGGUAACUUGAACACAAGUACUGCCGAAAGGCCCCCGAACAAUCGGGCCAUCACCUAUCAGCCGCAGCCGUCGGCCAUCUCCCGCCCAGCACGUCGGGGCGAGGUUGCUGUUACUGUUCAUGUACGGCACUGCGCAACGAGUCGUUCGAUCCAGCUCGGGGCGGGAAAGAUGCGAGAAUCCCGCCCAGGCCGAUCACGCACCGGUGCCGUGCCUGUGCUCGGACGACGCUAG